CGUUUCCGAAAGUGAUAUAACUCAUUUCGCCAGGACAUCAAGAUUUUCGUUGGAUUGAAAGAUAAAAAAGAAAAACCAACACAAAAUGGCAACAGAUCUGAAUGCUAAAGGGCGGACACACUUGUUUAAAAACAAGGGAAAGGAUGCUGACGAAAUGAGGAGAAGGCGUACUGAGGUUACAGUUGAAAUUAGAAAGAACAAAAGAGAUCAGCAUGUGUUGAAGAGGCGGAAUGUGCCGAUUCAGGAUAGUACAGAUUCCGAUGACACUGAAAAGCCAACUAGCCAGUCUUUACAGUCCAUUGUAGAGAAUGCAGCGAGUUCAGAUCCAACAGUCCAACUCAACGCUGUCCAGGCAGCCAGGAAACUGUUGUCCAGUGACAGAAACCCACCAAUAGAUGACCUGAUUUCCUCAGGAAUUCUCCCUAUUCUGGUAGAAUGUCUUCUGAAAGAUGACAAUCCUUCCUUGCAGUUUGAGGCAGCCUGGGCUUUGACAAACAUUGCAUCUGGAACUUCUCAACAAACUCAAGCUGUAGUCAAUGCCGGUGCUGUUCCCUUGUUCCUAAGGUUGCUUACCUCCCAUCACCAGAAUGUCUGUGAACAAGCAGUGUGGGCAUUAGGAAAUAUUAUAGGUGAUGGGCCACAGUGUAGAGAUUACGUUAUCAAGCUAGGGGCUGUGAAGCCACUUCUGAACUUUAUAAACCCCAACAUUCCUCUGCCAUUUUUAAGAAAUGUUGCCUGGGUAAUAGUAAACUUGUGCAGAAACAAGGAACCCCCUCCCCCUCUGGAGACUAUCCAAGAAAUUCUCCCCGCCCUGUGUCAGCUGAUUCACCAUACAGACAUUAAUAUCCUGGUGGACACAGUGUGGGCAUUGUCCUAUUUGACAGAUGGAGGAAAUGAACAGAUACAGAUGGUGAUAGACUCGGGGGUCGUCCCAUUCCUUGUCCCCCUCCUUAGUCAUGUCGAUGUCAAAGUCCAGACAGCAGCUCUGAGGGCAGUAGGGAAUAUUGUUACCGGAACAGAUGAUCAGACACAAAUCGUACUCAACUGUGAUGCCCUAUCACAUUUCCCUUCUCUAUUGACACACCCUAAAGAAAAAAUUAAUAAGGAAGCUGUGUGGUUUUUGUCCAACAUAACAGCUGGAAACCAAUCUCAAGUACAAGCUGUGAUAGACGCUGGCCUCAUCUCACUCAUUAUUCAUCAUUUGAUGAGGGGUGACUUCCAGACAAAGAAAGAAGCAGCCUGGGCAAUUAGCAAUCUAACAAUCAGUGGAAACAAAGAGCAGGUGGCCAAAGUGGUUGAAAAUGGUGUAAUUUCACCGUUCUGUGAUCUUCUGGGAGUUAAAGACACUCAAGUGGUGAAUGUGGUGUUAGAUGGAAUAAAUAAUAUAUUAAAGAUGGCUGGGGAUGAUGUGGAUCGAAUCUGUACCAUGAUAGAGGAGUGUGGAGGUCUAGACAAAAUAGAAGCAUUACAGAAUCAUGAAAAUGAAGAUAUAUACAAACUGGCAUAUGAAAUAAUAGAUCACUACUUUUCAGAUGAUACUGAAGAGGAUCCAAACUUAGCUCCCGAAGCUUCAAGUCAAGGAUACCAGUUUGAUCCCAGUGCAAGUGUACCCCAAGAAGGCUUCAAGUUCUGACAAAGUGCAAGGCGCCAUGACAGUGGAGUCAUGUCAUGGACUAUUGUUAGCUCCAGGGAGAGAGUGUGUGAAAGAGGAGCCAUUCUACAUUGUGGUUUGAUUCUCAUCACUAGCGCCCAGUGUAUUCUCCAGUGAGAGAGAGAGCGUGAGACACAGCGAGGGCCGUGAGAGACUGCGCUGUACCAUCUCCUUUAUAUACGCCCUGGUACAGCCACCAUUUCAUUCAGUGUUGUUUUCACCGUGAAAACAAUGAGUUGAUAGCUUUUUUUAACAAAAGACAUAAAAAGCUGUUUUAAUAUGAUUUUAACUUCCUAGGAGUAUGCAAUCCAAAUCAUUAAUGCUUUUCUGUAUCAAGCAAAGCAGAUACAGGUUUUAAAAAGCUAGAAGGGAACACAUCCAGUGUUUCUGACUAUUCUUAUGAAUAUGUAUAUUACGAUUAUUUGUGAUAUGUUGCUGUUUUUUUUUUACCCUUGAAUGCAUUAAAUGAGCAUGUAUGUGAGGAAAAACAAUUGUUCAAUUUAUUUUUUUGUUAGAAUGCUUGUGAAGAAUGUUU